ACAUGCAGGGUUAGUUAUUUGUAUGCUAUCCGCUGAACUGAGCAGUGAAAAAGCCGUGAGCCUUGUAUGUUAGUGUAGAUGUGUUUCAAUCGUAGACUACUCUGGAACAAUCUAAGUAAUUCUGCCUGAUUCGUGAGAGAGCUUCGUUGGAUUCAAGGGGUGUUAUUUAUGGCUGAGAAAGAGAAACACAGUAAAGCAAUCCAUUGGUUUCGUAAAAACCUCCGGCUUCAUGAUAACCCUGCACUGUGUGAGGCACUGAAUGGAAGUAGUGAGGUGCUGGGGCUCUAUGUCCUUCCACCUUGUAUUCCAGCAGAUGGAAAACUCAGUGCAAAUCAAUGGAAUUUCUUGAUGGAAUGUUUAGAGGACCUGGAAAGAGGUCUAAGAUGCCUUGGCUGUCAGCUGCUAGUUAUACAAGGUUAUCCAGUUCAAGUAAUUCCUAAACUCCUAAGUAAUCUAGAAGUGUCAAAGUUAACAUUUGAAACAGAAAAUGAACCAUUUGGAAAACAGAGAGACGCUGUUGUUACUCACCUGGCUGAGAGUGCCGGGGUGAAGGUUGUUUCCUGUUCUUCACAUUCCCUGUACAACACUGAAUGUGUUAUCAAAGCAAAUUGUAACAAGGUUCCAGUACUCUUUACUGACUUUCUUGACAUCAUUUCCACAAUUGGACCACCAGAGUUUCCAGUGAAAACAGUGAAUGAAGAAAGCUUUCCAACUCUGAUAAAUAUUGAAAAUAAAUUCAUUGACUACCAUAUACCCUCGCUUGAAGAUAUUGGAAUUCAAAAAUCUAAUGUAACCUGUGGAGGAAUAUGGCAUGGUGGAGAGACGGUGGCAUUGAAAAAAUUGGAAGAUCUUCUAAAGGAGAUGAUGAACACUGAUUUUCAAAUGGAGUCAAACAGUGAGACCUUUUUUCAUAAUUCUGUGGACAAGUUGAGCCCAUUUCUCAGAUUUGGAUGCCUAUCACCCCGGACACUAUACCAUGCAAUUUCAAGUACUUACUACAAAGCUAAGCAGUGUAAUCCUCCAUUGUCAUUCUUCAACUUCUUACUUUGGAGAGACUUCUACUUCUUGAUUGGCAGCCAAAAUCCAACUUUUCACCAGAUAGAGAACAAUCCACUUUGCUUGCAAAUUGAGUGGGAGGACAAUGAUUUUGCUGUACAGCAAUGGAAAAAGGGUCAAACAGGUUUUCCUUUUAUUGAUGCUGUUAUGCGCCAACUAUGCCUUGAAGGGUGGAUUCCAGAUGUUGCUGCACAAGUUGUUGGUUGUUUUCUUACAAAAGGGUGCAUGUGGAUCAACUGGCAAGAAGGUUUUAAGGUCUUUGGAGAGAUUCAGUUAGAUGUAGAGUGGAGCAUAAAUGCUGGAAAGUGGUUGUUAAUUUCUGGCAAUGUCUUUGACAGAAAUAAACCUCUUGAGUUCUUCUGCCCAGUGGACAGUGGAAGAAAGAUGGACCCCUCUGGAGAGUACAUUAGGAAAUACGUGCCUGAGCUCCGCAGUUUUCCCACUAAGUACCUGUUUGAACCAUGGAAAACACCUAAACCAGUUCAACAAGCUUCUGGAUGUAUAAUCGGUGAAAACUACCCCUUACCGUUAGUGGACCAUAAAGAACACUUGAGGAAGUGUCUAAAGAGGCUGAAAGAAUUAGCCCAGAGCAUGACUAUUCAAAUUCCAGUGAUGCAAAGUGGACACACCAGUGUGCAUUUGUUCAGAAAAGACUUGAGGCUUCACGACAACCCCACAUUGCGCUCCUGUUUGAACGGAAGUGAGACAUUCUAUCCUGUGUACAUUUUGGACACCGCAGCAGCAAAGCAGAGCAAAAUCUCAGCCAACCGCUGGAAUUUCUUACUUGAGAGCUUAAGAGAUCUGGAUAAUCAGCUAGCAAGGCUUGGAUCACGCCUGUUCGUGGUACGGGGCAGAGCUGUGGAGGUGCUCCCUGAAUUAAUCUCAGAUUGGGGCAUAACUCGCAUUAGCUUUGAAACUGACUGUGAGCCAUUUGGGGCCCAGAGAGAUGCUGUUAUCCGACAUAUAGCAGAGAAAUCAGGAGUUGAAGUUGUCAGCAAAACAUCACACACUCUGUUUGAGCCAAGUCAAAUUGUCGAUGCCAAUUGGGGGAAGAUAUCAAUGCUUUUCAAAGAAUUUGUGAAAGUCAUCGAAGAGAACAAGCUCAGUGUACCCAGUCCUGUCAAAGAAGUGAACAGACAACUUGUGGGAAACUGUGUGACACCAGUAGCUGUUGAUCAUCAGAGGAAGUAUGGAGUUCCUGAAUUGAAUGAGCUAGGAGUGAAGGACAUACGAUGUGUGACAAGUGCAGGGUUAUGGAGAGGGGGAGAACAAGAGGCUUUAAGAAGACUUGGUCUUCUUGAGAAAGAGUUGGUGAAAAACAACUUUGAGGAGGUCCCAUUAAGUGCAGCAUCAAUGACUUCCUCAAAAACUCACUUAAGUCCAUACCUUCGGUUUGGAUGUUUGUCACCCAGAAUGAUGUGGGAGAGCUUUACUGACUGUUACGUCAAGUCGAAAGGUACCAUACCACCCAUGUCGCUUUACAAACCUCUUCUGCUUCGAGAAUUUUUCUUCACCAUUGCAAGUACCUUUCCAGGGCUUCAGAAGAUGAACAGCAACCCUCUCUCUAUACAGUAUCCAUGGGAGGAAAAUGCUGAAGGUCUCCAGCAGUGGAAGAAUGGUACUACUGGAUUUCCAUGGAUCGAUGCAGUAAUGCGACAGUUGCGCACAGAAGGUUGGAUCCCUCAUAUGGCACGUCAAGCUGUUGGGUGUUUCUUGACCAGGGGAUGCCUUUGGAUCAACUGGGAAGAGGGAUUUAAGGUUUUCGAGGAGCUUCAAUUGGAUGCUGAGUGGAGUCUGAAUGUGGGAAAUUGGCUGUGGCUGUCUGGAAGUACUUUUGUGAAAGAGCACGUACCUUGGUUUUGUCCUGUGGAAGUUGGGAAGAAGGUUGAUCCCAAUGGGGAAUAUGUGAGGAAAUACGUCCCUGAGUUAAAAGGGUUGCCCGCAGAGUAUUUGUUUGAACCAUGGAAAGCACCUGCAUUUGUUCAACAAGCUGCUGGAUGUAUAUUGGGUGAAGACUACCCCUUUCCACUGGUGGACCAUAAAGAAAAGAGAAGGGAAUGUGUGAUUCGGCUGAAAGAAGUGACCCAGAGACUCGUUGCUGAAAGUCCAGAGAUGCAAAGUGGACACACCAGUGUGCAUUUGUUUAGAAAAGACUUGAGGCUUCAUGACAACCCCACAUUGCGCUCCUGCUUGAACGGAAGUGAGACAUUCUAUCCUGUGUACAUUUUGGACACCGCAGCAGCAAAGCAGAGCAAAAUCUCAGCCAACCGCUGGAAUUUCUUACUUGAGAGCUUAAGAGAUCUGGAUAAUCAGCUAGCAAGGCUUGGAUCACGACUGUUCGUGGUACAAGGCAGAGCUGUGGAGGUGCUCCCUGAAUUAAUCUCAGAUUGGGGCAUAACUCGCAUUAGCUUUGAAACUGACUGUGAGCCAUUUGGGGCCCAGAGAGAUGCUGUUAUCCGACAUAUAGCAGAGAAAUCAGGAGUUGAAGUUGUCAGCAAAACAUCACACACUCUGUUUGAGCCAAGUCAAAUUGUCGAUGCCAAUCGGGGGAAGAUAUCAAUGCUUUUCAAAGAAUUUGUGAAAGUCAUCGAAGAGAACAAGCUCAGUGUACCCAGUCCUGUCAAAGAAGUGAACAGACAACUUGUGGGAAACUGUGUGACACCAGUAGCUGUUGAUCAUCAGAGGAAGUAUGGAGUUCCUGAAUUGAAUGAGCUAGGAGUGAAGGACAUACGAUGUGUGACAAGUGCAGGGUUAUGGAGAGGGGGAGAACAAGAGGCUUUAAGAAGACUUGGUCUUCUUGAGAAAGAGUUGGUGAAAAACGACUUUGAGGAGGUCCCAUUAAGUGCAGCAUCAAUGACUUCCUCAAAAACUCACUUAAGUCCAUACCUUCGGUUUGGAUGUUUGUCACCCAGAAUGAUGUGGGAGAGCUUUACUGACUGUUAUGUCAAGUCAAAAGGUACCAUACCACCCAUGUCACUUUACAAACCUCUUCUGCUUCGAGAGUUUUUCUUCACCAUUGCAAGUACCUUUCCAGGGUUGCACAAGAUGGACAACAACCCUCUCUCCAUGCAGUAUCCAUGGGAGGAAAAUGCUGAAGGUCUCCAGCGGUGGAAGAAUGGCACUACUGGAUUUCCAUGGAUUGAUGCAGUAAUGCGACAGUUGCGCACAGAGGGUUGGAUCCCUCAUAUGGCACGUCAGGCUGUUGGGUGUUUCUUGACCAGGGGAUGCCUUUGGAUCAACUGGGAAGAGGGAUUUAAGGUUUUCGAGGAGCUUCAAUUGGAUGCUGAGUGGAGUCUGAAUGUGGGAAAUUGGCUGUGGCUGUCUGGAAGUACUUUUGUGAAAGAGCACGUACCUUGGUUUUGUCCUGUGGAAGUUGGGAAGAAGGUUGAUCCCAAUGGGGAAUAUGUGAGACGUUAUGUCUCAGAACUGAAAAGGUUACCUCUGCAAUAUCUGUUCGAGCCUUGGAAAGCGCCUUUAGCAGUCCAAAAGGCGGCGCGGUGCGUGGUUGGUGACGAUUAUCCGGAACCAUUAGCUAAUCACAUUGAACAGCGAAAGAUCUGUGUGCGGCGCUUGAAAGAUAUGUGCAACACCUUGAACAUAUCAGGGCACAUCAGUCUUCACUGGUUUAGGAAGGAUCUUCGACUUCACGAUAAUCCCACUUUAAGAGAUUGCCUUGUAGACAGUGCAGUGUUCUAUGGAGUGUAUAUUCUUGAUAGUUGUGCUGAAGCAAGAUUGAGUCCAAACCGUUGGCGUUUAUUGCUGGAAUCACUAAAGGACCUGGAUGCCAGUCUGGCGGAGUACGGCUCGCGUCUCUUCGUAUUGGAGGGUAGACCGUUAGAUGUCUUACCAUCUCUUUUUGAACAGUGGGGCAUCACUCGGCUCUCUUUUGAGGUUGAUUGUGAGCCUGAUUGUAAGACCAGGGAUAUGGUUGUGACUACUGUUGCCAAGAAAGCUCGAAUCCAAGUUAUCAGCCACGUGUCACACACCCUUUAUGACACUAAAGCGCUUCUAAAAUCACCUGAAGGAAGAGCACCCCAACUUUUCGACGAAUUUCAAAAACUUGUUGUGCAACUUGGGCGACCCCAAAAACCAGUGCCAAGGGUUGACAGAAAGCUAUUUGGCUCGUGUGUUACUCCCGUAGGAAGAGAUCAUGAUACGCGGUACGGAGUCCCUGCACCAGACAUCCAAAAGCUGCAUUCUAGUGGCUCGUGGUUUUAUCAAGGUGGCGAGAGAGAGGCGUUGUCAAGGAUGGAGGCAGCUUUAUGCGAGAUGGUAAAGAACGACUUUUGUGAGCCGUUGUUAACAGCCCGUUCACUGAUGCCGUCACAAUACCACCUGAGCCCCUACCUGAGGCUGGGUUGUCUGUCUCCCAGGCUCCUUUAUCAAAGAAUGACUGAGGAAUAUAUCAAGUGUAAGGCUAUGAACCCAUCUUUCGAUCUUUUCAAAAAACUGUUGUGGCGCGAGUUCUUCUUUGUUGUUGGAAGCCAAGUUUCCGACUUACACGAGAUGAUCAGCAACCCGGUUAGUCUACAGAUUCCUUGGGAAGAAGAUCCAGAGCAUCUUGAAAAAUGGAAACAGGGUUUGACUGGUUUUCCUUGGAUUGAUGCCAUCAUGAGACAGCUCCGCUUAGAAGGUUGGAUUCACGACAUCGCACGGCGUGCCGUGGGCUCAUUUUUGACUCGCGGUUGUCUGUGGAUCAACUGGCGAGAAGGGUUUAAGGUCUUUGAAGAACUUCAACUUGACUCGGAAAGGAGCCUCAAUGCUGGUAACUGGUUGUGGCUGUCUGGAAGUACUUUUGUGAAAGAGCACGUGCCUUGGUUCUGUCCUGUGGAAGUUGGAAAGAAAGUUGAUCCCAGUGGUGAAUAUGUGAGGAAAUAUUUACCAGAGGUGAGGAAUCUUCCCACGGAGUUUAUCUUUGAACCUUGGCUGGCUCCUUGUGAGCUUCAAGAGUCUUGCGGCUGUGUGAUUGGUCGAGACUAUCCUGCUCCUAUCGUUAAUCACUUGGAGCAACGCGUUGUUUGUGUCCAGAGGCUUCUUGACCUUGCUUUGACGUUAACUGCAACAUGAACUUUUAACUAAGUAUGCCACUUUUUACUAGUCAGGUUAUCAUGGGAUGUGUGUUCUGAUUUCAUGGCGAUUACCUCAUAUCUUACUGUGUGUGGUGACUGCAAACCUGUAGUAAUGAACCACUUAUUUUCAAAAUUGCCACCGUGUGAGUUUUGUCUGUGUGUGUGUGUUUCUGAAGAACAAUAAAAAGAAACAGUUUGUAUAAGUAAACCCACAGUUAUAUAAGUAUAAGUUAACCCUAAGCAAUUUGGGAUAAAUCAGCACUCGUAAACUUUUCAAAGACUAAGCAAAUUACACUGCCCGUAGGGCGUUUACUAUUAUGCAGCAAACUUGAAGGAGAUUUUGGACUGUAGAUAAAUUUGGUUGGUAGAUACUUGUUUUACGUUAAAUAGGUUGAAACCAUGAGUAACAUGUAUUCUGGUCGUCUGAUCUGAGUACAGCUAUCGGUGACAGAGGCUGAUGUUGUAACCAACUGAGCGGAAGUCAUUAUCAGAGCCAAGAAGACAGCUUUAACGAGACGAUCAUACUUCACCUAUACUAUCUCUGUUAUUUGUAAUGGUAAAUUCAGCCCGCAGUGAAAUCUAAGAAUGGUGAAAGCGUGCUGAUAAAAUCAAGGACACAAGAAAACAAAGUUAAUGUAUUCAGUGAAUACCGAGGAGAUAGUUAAGUGUUGCUGUAAAUAGUUUCCUUAAAGAGGUAGUUCAAAUGAUUAAAGUAGAUAACUGCUUCGCGCAAAA